AUGUUGGCAGUCCCAGCUUUCAAGGCGGCCGCUGCCUUAUCCAUGGCAGACGGCUGCCUCACAUCCUGCACUGCCCAGUUCCACGCCAAGCCCUGCCACCCUCUCCUGGUCUCCCUUCCGGCCAGGUCCUUGCGGAUUCACCAGCUGGCCUGCGCUUCCCCUGCUUCCCUGUCCCUCUUGUCCAUCAGGAAGAGGGCUCCUCUGGUCGCCCUCGUUGCCCAGACUUCCGACGCGCAGCAGGAGGACGAGCUCGCGGGGGUGGACGGGGUGGAGGCCGAGAUUUCCGGCUGGGACGGAGAGGAUGCCGAAGGCCAGGCCCAGGGAGAGUCCUACCCGGAGCCGCCGGAGGAGGCGAAGCUCUUUGUGGGUAAUCUACCCUACGACAUGGACAGCGAAAAGCUCGCUCAUCUCUUUGAGGAGGCUGGGAUUGUUGAGGUCGCCGAGGUAUUUGGAAUGUUUCCUGGCUGUUGCCGUUUCCUCUAUUCUCGAGAAAAAAAUUCGCAUUAUUUCUUCGAGAUUUUCUUUGACGGGUUCAGGUUCCAUGUCUUCGAGCACUAGGGUUUUUCUACUAUAAUUCCUUUUUUUUUUUUACUGUAAUAUUUGACGUACCCAUGAGCAGUACGGGAGGUAGCGCGUGCAAUCUACCCAUGAGCCCUUCUGUGACUACGUCUCGAUGUUCCCCUAGAUGGUGCUUAACCUUGCCUAUUCUAGAAGUAGAUGUUUUAAAACUAGGGAAGGGUAGAGUUUUCUCCUCUCUCUGCCGGAUCAAACGGCGGCGUUAUCUUCCCCUGGCGUCGAAUGCUGGUUGGAAUUCGAUGGUAUUAACGGAUGAGGUUCUUUAGGUGGAGUUUCAUCGAAGGGGCUUUUGAGAUCUUACCUCAUUAUUGCGCUCUUCCUGUAGGUUAUCUACAACAGGGAGACAGACCGGAGUCGUGGGUUCGGGUUUGUGACCAUGAGUACUGUCGAAGAGGCUGAGAAAGCUGUUGAGAAGUUCAAUCGCUACGUAAGUGAUUUCACCUGUUUUGGUAGCGUAUUGUCUCCUUGCUUACUUAUUUCCGAGGUGAAAAAAUGCCUGCCAUUUGAUUGCUUUUUAUUCAUCUUUUAUGUCAAUCUGCAUCAACUUCUGUCCCAUUUCUCUUCCUUUAUUUUGGUACGAACUCAAAUAUUAUAGAGUAAUAUAUUUGCUUGAUUUCUUUCUUUCUCUGUUCAUGAGUUAUCAUGGGUGUUUCCUCAUAGCCAUGAUUGGAAUAUGCAUUUCCUGCGAAUAUUGAAUUGAGAUAUUUCAGAAUGCUGAUAUUCGGUCCCGGAAGCCACAUUUAUCAUAUUUAUAAAUCCAUCAGCAUACUGCGUCUCAGAUGCUAAAUUGUUUCAUGCAUCAUCCGAUCUACGUUCGGCAAGGAGAUUCAGUAAAUUGUGAACAGUUUAUUUCCCUGAAGAUUAUUUAGUCAUUUUAAGUAUAUCUGAAAAUAAUUUCCGCACCCAUCGCCCAAUACAUGCAUAGUUGAUAUAAAGACACCUCUGUAAAUCUACAUGAUCAGCAUGAGAUCAUCAGAGCAUAGUUAUAAAUCAAUAAAACUAUCCAUUAGUGCUUGUAUAAUCAUUUUUCCGCUUCCCUUACAAACAUGCAUCUAUAUACCAGGCCUUGACUCUGGCCUUUUUUCUUAAACAGAGCAUUGAGGGCAGGCUUCUGACCGUGAACAAGGCGGCCCCAAGAGGAAGCCGCCCAGAGAGGACCCCACGACAGUAUGAGCCCAGAUUCAGGAUUUAUGUUGGGAAUAUCCCAUGGGACGUAGAUGACAGCCGUCUGGAGCAAGUAUUCAGCGAGUAUGGCAAAGUAAUAGACUCAAGGGUUGUUUAUGACCGGGAGUCUGGGCGCUCACGUGGGUUUGCGUUUGUAACAAUGUCUGCACAACAGGAGAUGGAUGACGCCAUUGCCGGCCUUGAUGGACAGGUCUGCCGCUCAUCACCAUUUCCUUAUGCAUCCACCCUUUUUUUCCAUGAUUCACCAUUUGCAUAGCUGUGGUACUAAGUUGAUGGUUUGAUGGUCUUUCUUUGGAACAAUUCACUAAACUAAUCAUCCUGCAACUUGGAUCUGAAAGAGGGAAUGCUCAGAUAUCUUCUCAUCUUUCUAAUUAUGUUAUAAUUUUUCAAACAUGAUUCGUAUAUUCAACUGUAUUCAUGAGUAUUCCUACCACAGCGUUCAAUACAUGAAUGCCUAGGCGUUCCUUGGAAAACUUCAUCUAAUUAGUCAUGCUGUGUAAUAAUGUUGUAACGUGGGAGGAAGAGGCCUCAAUCACAGCUUCUCUUCUAUCCAAUCUUCUGAUUAUUUUUCCUUCUUGCGACACAAAUGGGCAUAUAUAUGUAUUCAGCUUUUGGUUGGCUGUUUCCUUUUUGGACGCAGAACCUUGGUGGGAGGACGAUCAGAGUCAACGCUGCUGAGGAGAAGCCAUCGCGCAGGUCAUUCUGA